UCAUGUAUUACAUAUUAUAUAUAUAUACAUAAAUAUUUGGUAAAACUGUUAGGAUUGAUUACAAUAAGAAAAAAAAACAAUGCAGUAAUCAGUGCCCAGUGGUCAAUUAUAGUCACUGUAAGUGUAGUCAGUAGAUAACCGAAUUAUAAAAAUUAACACAAUAUUCAAAUACCGGUUAAUAUUUUAAUUUCGAGCGACGUACAAUGGACUCUGUAGAAAAUUCCAUACCUCACUUGAUCAGAGAUAUUGAACAGUUAGAGGAAGUGAAAGCGCAAAAAGAAUUGGAACGUUCGACUUUAGAGACGCAAAAUAAAAAACUUCAAUACAGACUGAAGUUCCUAAAAGAAGCUGUAGCGGAAGAGUCUAAAAAGGUAUCCAUCAGUACUGAAAACGAUUCGUUAACAAAUUUACACUCUAUACUAGUCAAUUUGUUCAUUAAAGCUAUUCAAAAGGCAUAUCCUUCCCUAGAUUCGGUACAGCCAGCGAUAUCGGCAGGUAGCAAAUUCGCUGAUUACCAAUGCAAUGCUUCUAUGCAAAUUUGUAAGCUAUUAAAAACUAAAGGAGAAAACGCAUCACCUAAUGCAGUGGCUAAAAAAAUAGUUGACUGCUUAGAACCAUGUGACGUUAUUGAUAAAGUCGAUGUUUCCGGACCAGGAUUUAUAAAUAUAUGGUUGAGUCGUGAUAAAUUACGAAACGUAUUACAAUAUGUUCAGGUCAAUGGAUUGAAGCCUAAAAAACCUGCCAUACGACAAAGAAUUGUAGUUGACUUUUCAUCUCCCAAUGUCGCCAAAGAAAUGCAUGUUGGCCAUUUAAGGUCAACAAUUAUCGGCGAUGGAAUAUGUCGCUUGUUUGAAUUUAUCGGUCAUGAUGUUCUGCGAUUAAAUCAUAUUGGUGAUUGGGGUACGCAAUUCGGUAUGUUGAUAACACACCUCCAAGAUAAGUUUCCCAAUUAUUUAACUGUGUCGCCUCCUAUCAAUGACUUGCAACAGUUUUACAAAGAAUCUAAGGUAUUAUUUGACAAUGACCCGGAGUUCAAAAAGCGUGCUUACGAGUGUGUAGUUAAACUGCAAAGCAUGUCUCCAGAUCACAUCAAAGCAUGGAAAUUGAUUUGUGAUGUAUCGCGAACUGAGUUUAAGAAAAUCUAUGAUCGGCUAAACAUAUCUCUAAUUGAAAGAGGAGAGUCGUUUUACCAAACACGCAUGGAAAGUCUAGUCAAAGAACUUACAAAUAAAGGAUUGCUCGAGGAAGACGAAGGGCGUAAGAUCAUGUGGGGACCAGGAUCUUCUAUACCAUUAACCGUAGUGAAAUCUGACGGUGGAUUUACUUAUGAUACGUCAGAUUUUGCUGCUCUUAAACAAAGAAUAGAAGAAGAAAAAGCUGACCGUGUGGUUUACGUAACUGACUCCGGUCAAAGCACUCAUUUUGAAAGUUUAAAGAACUGCGCGAUACGGGCAGGUGUUCUUGAUCCAACUAGAGUUCGUAUGGACUUUGUUGGAUUCGGUGUUGUACUAGGUGAAGAUAAAAAAAAAUUUAAAACUCGAUCUGGAGACACUGUACGCUUAGUCGGACUUUUAGACGAAGGUAUUAAACGAGCUCGAGAUAAAUUAAUUGAAAAAGAAAGGGAUAAAGUAUUGACCGCUGAAGAAAUGCAACUAGCCGAGACGUCAGUUGCAUAUGGCUGUAUAAAAUAUGCCGAUUUAUGUCACAAUAGAAAUCAUGAAUACGUAUUUUCAUUUGAUAAAAUGCUUGAAGAUAAAGGAAACACAGCUGUUUAUUUGUUGUAUGCUCUUACGAGGAUACGGUCAAUUAUUAAUAAUUUGGGUGAUAAUUGUAAAAGCGAGAAUGAUCCUAUUUCGCUUGAUCACGAAAAAGAAUGGAAAUUAGCUAAGACACUCUUACGAUUCCCAGAAGUGUUGGACAAAAUAUCAGAGGACCUUUGUUUACAUCACUUGUGUGAAUAUCUUUAUGAGGUUGCCACUACUUUCAACGAGUUCUAUGAUAACUGUUAUUGUAUUGAAAAAGAUGGAAAAACUGGAGAAAUUAUCAAAGUAUAUACUGGAAGAAUAUUAUUGUGUAAAAUUACUGCGGAUUACAUGGACACAGGUCUAAAUAUUUUAGGUAUCACUACAGUGUCUCGUAUGUAAAAUAUUUAUUAACGACAAAAAAUUAAUUAUGUUUUAAACUAUGUUUUGUUUUUUUUUUUUUAAUUUACAACAUUUUUAUGAUACCGUUUGAAUAUGUGUUCAACAUAACAAUAGUGACCUUUUUUUGUAAAGAAAAUUGAUGCUUUUAAUUUUUUCCUACUAUGGAAAAAUAUAAUUUUCCAGUGAAUGCCCAGCUUUUAUGGUAGACUUGGUAUUUAAGGACCACAUACUCAGCAUAAUAUAUUACAAUUUUUAGAGUACUAAUUUCACCUUGUACAGUUUCACCAAAUCUAAAUUAUUAAUUUAGUUUUACAAUAUUGUGUUAGUUUGUUGUAACACUGUUGACAAAACCUAUCUGUAAAAUUGUUGUGCGACACAAUACAUUUUCUUAAAUAGGUUUUUCUUUUUAAAGCAAAUUUGUUAGAAAGGUUACUUUCAAGAUGAAAAAACAAUAUCAUGUUGUAUGUUAAGGUGUAAAAUAAUUAUUUUUCUAUAUAAUUACGAUGCGUCUUAAAUCAAAGUUCCUUCUCUCGUAAUACUUUUUUGGAAGUAGUUUUGGGACCUCUAAACAGUAAAAAUAAUUAAACAUAAAUGAUACAAAAACUUACAUGGUUCAUAAAACUGAACCAUGUUAGUACUCCAUGUUUUAAAUAUAUUUAUAAAACUUACCUAAA